AUAAGCCUUUGUUAAAAAAGCUAGGCCAAACACCCCCUAGGGCUGGAUCUGAGGCGAUGAUGCCGCCCCAAAGAAGCCUAUCCUCGUUGUUUGGAAUCGGAAUCGGAAAAGGAGAAGCUGUGAAGAAGGAGGAGAACAUGGUAGGUGUGCAGCCGUUGUUGAAGUUAGAGGCGGAUAAGAAAGUAUACAGGCCAGGUGAUCCGGUUACCAUCACAGUCGAGAUCCGAAAUCCUCCUCCUGCCCAGCGCUCCUUGUUAGUUGAGACCUUAAGCUUUCAAGCCACAGGCAUUCAGAAAUUGGAUACUCAGUGGUUUACCACCACCACCACAUACAAUCACAACAGGAACAGCAACAGGAACAGGAGAGGUGAAUAUGUUUUCAUGGACUCUUCUGUUCCAUCUCUCGUUUCAAAUCAACUUCUCUCAUCCGGGACUACCAGAACAUAUAUACUGAGGAUGAAUCUGCCCACAAUCAUACCUCCCUCAUACAGAGGAUCUACUGUUCGGUACCUCUAUCACGUUAAAAGUGUUUUGUCUGGAAAAUACCUAAAUAUGGAUGAUGGAGGAGGAUUUUCUGCCAUAGAAGCUCGCUUGCCAUUGCAAAUAUGGGUCACCGAAAAGACGAAUGGGUUGUUAAAUGAAGAAACUGGAAGUAAUGGGAUUGUUCCUGCUACACCUAUUCUUUUGGAUGUUUAUUGGAAAGAUAUGGAUGCUGAAUCUGAAUGGGCUAGAGCUAAUGAGACUUUGGAUGGGGUGGAGGAUGAUUAUGAAAGUCAAAGGGAUGACGUGUCAUCUGUGUCUUCCUAUAAUCCAGCAAGGGGAAGUUUACAGAAAGCAUUCGGCAGUUCCUUGUCUUUGCAAUCAAGAUCUAGUAAGGAAGUACCUUACCAUGAUCAAAAGUCAACCAUAUCUUCAUAUAUGCCACUCUCUACAGCUGAAGUACUAUAUGGUUCUACUGAGGAUAUUUUGUCACCUCGAAGAGUCUCUCAAAAUGAGCCGCUAGGAAGCUCAAAUAUGGAAGAUGAUUAUGUCACAAAAACAGUCGAACCUGUUGCUUCAGAAGGUUUCAUUCGAGGAAGAUCGUACAACAUUAGGCUGGAUGACCAAGUUCUACUAAGAUUCUCACCCACGAAACCUGAGUCAACUUAUUACUUUGGUGAUAUGAUAGGUGGAACUCUUACUUUUUUCCAUGAGGAAGGUAGCAGGAGAUGCCUUGAGCUAUCUGUAACCUUGGAGUUGUCAGAGACUAUAAGUCGUCGGUCUGCACAUCCAUCUCGAAGACAUUCCCCAACAAUCACCAAGAUCCAGAGUGAUCACCAUGAAGUUGUAGCAGAUUUGGUGCAAACCAGUUUUCUAUUUUCAGUUCCAAUGGAUGGGCCUAUGUCUUUUUCCACUAGGCAUGUCUCGGUGCAGUGGGUGCUUCGCUUUGAGUUUUUUACCACUCCAAAGAAUGUAGAUUGGACCAGAUUUGAGCAUCCUCUUCUUAUAGAGGGAAGAGACAAGUGUGAAUGGGUUCUUCCAAUAACCGUGCAUGCACCUCCGUUCACAACUCAUAGUAGAACUGAAAAGCCCGCUUCUCUAGAACCCUUGUGGGACCGUUCUUGAUGUAACAUAAACGAGUAGUUGGCAAGAUCACAUGACAAGAUAAAGUCCAGCUAAGCUUCACCUGGAAAUACCGAAAGACUCGUUAUGGAUUAGGUGUAAAGUUACUUUUAUCGGGUUUCACGAGGAUAAUCUUUCUUCAUACAUAUUACAGCUGUAAAAAACAUUUUCCCAGGGUGGUCUUCUUGCCGCCUCAUUUAUUUGGAUCAGUUUUCUUGAAUAUUUUUAAGAUUAUUCAUUAUUUUUUUUCACAA